ACGACGACGAGGGAAAUUGGAAAGAUGACAUUGUAGGUCGUCGACGAGGGACGGGAGGCUGACGACGAUUACGAGAGACGAGGGAGCGAUAGAGAGCGAUAGAGAGCGAGAGCGAGGGCAGGGAAGGGCUGCGCAGAAGGGAGAAAGGGAGGGAGUUGGAGGGGCGGGGGAGGUUGGGGCUGAUCAGGAGGAGGAGGAGGAGGAGGAGGCGGGCAGAGAUGAGAUGAGGGCAUAGAAGGAGGUUAGGAGUGGUUCGCUAACGGCGAGAAUGAAUCCGGAAAUGGCAGGUCGAUACCUUCAAUUUUCUCCCUCCUCUGGGUCCUCACCCCAGCUCACAGGCCUACGACCCUCGAGCGCAGCUGCCGACCAUGAUAAAUACCUCUCCGAGCUGCUCGCAGAACGUCAAAAGCUUGGCCCAUUUAUGCAGGUUUUACCCAAUUGCAGCCGCCUAUUGAAUCAAGAAAUUGUAAGAGUGACAGCUCUGGUGGGAAACUCGAAUUUUUUGGAACAAGAUGGGCUCGAUCAUGGGAGUCCUCUUGCGUCAUGGGAAUCCCCCCACAUUGUAGGAAACGGUGGACAAGGCGAUCACAAUGGUUGGGGUGGGGUCGGCAUGCAGACGGAUGUGCGACUUUUACCAGAGACGCAGAGGCUUGCGAUCUCCACCCAAGGAGCCACUAUGGGUUGGCAUGGAGUCCCAGGCACUGCUGGAGGGCCCAUCAUAAAGAAGACUCAACGCAUCGAAGUUCCUGUUGAUAAGUACCCAAAUUUUAAUUUUGUUGGGCGGAUUCUGGGGCCUCGGGGCAACUCACUGAAGCGCGUAGAGGCGACCACUGGAUGUCGUGUGCUUAUCAGAGGACGGGGGUCAAUCAAAGACAGUGCUAAGGAAGACAAGAUGAGAGAUAAGCCUGGUUUCGAACACUUGAAUGAGCCUUUGCAUGUAUUAGUAGAGGCUGAACUACCCGCUAGCGUCAUUGAUGCACAGCUCAGUCACGCACGAGAGAUUCUGGAGGAGCUUUUGAAGCCAGUGGAUGAAACUUUUGAUCUGGUGAAGAAGGCCCAGCUCAGAGAGCUUGCUAUUCUAAACGGAACUUUGAGGGAGGACAGCCCUGCCUACAUGAGUGGAACCGUGUCUCCUUUCAACAAUCCAGGCAUGAAAAGAGCGAAGACCAGACGUUAAUCAUCACCCUAUUGCCUCUUUGAUGUAGUCGGAGGGGCACCCACUCACAAAGCUCAAUUUUGCAGAGGCCAUUAAUAAUCAGUGCAGAUGUUCAGAUGGUGGUGCUUUUAGGCUCAAAAGAAGGGAGUUUGGUGCACUGAGUCCACAUCACCAGCUCCGUACGAAUCAAGAAGGUUUCUACCUUUCUAGGUGUACAACAUGUAUCUUAUAAGGCCCCUUGAAUGUAUAUCUGAAUCUUGCCAGAUCAUGGUGGGAGAGUUGUCCUCUAAUGAGCUCACUCUGCAAACGCAUCGCAUGAAGAGGAAUAUUUGGGAGCAAGCUACGGAGUAAGAAACACGGCUUGUGCUGUACGGAGUGUCUUGAGCAGCAACAAACUGUAACAAGAGUCUAAUGCGCGUCUCUCCAUUAGUCGUGUAUUUGGACGAAGCCAUGUGGUAACUAGCUUGCUAGUUUCUAUCGGAGCAAACCAGGCGAGUGCUACAAAGAUUUAUCGCUUCGUCGUCCUUUGUGUACGAGCAGAUAUAUAUGGCCAGCAUGACGUGUACACGACGGAGCUUAAUGGGGUAUGGACGUGACGGCAAGCCUGAUUGGAAACCACUUUUUGCUGCUUUCAAUCUUCUAGACGAAGCUGAAGGUUAGCAUCACUGGAUACGUUAGGUCAGUUUGGAGUACUUUCACUAUUUCAGAAUCAGACCAGUAGAACAGAAAGAUCCUACUAGACUAAUAUUCCAUGUUCCAGAGUAUUCUGGAAGGUCAAAAGAUCAGGUUCAGGAGAUUCACUGUUGACUCGUACUGAUGCAAGCAAUUCAUUGAGCAAAUGGAAUCAUCUGAGCAGAUGAUAGUCCAGCUAUUGGUGUGUUCACGAUACAUUGCUUCCCACUCUUAUGAUGACUCCCACACUUGUGAUACUUGGAAGCAGUUGGUCAACUGUGUUCUCGUUCAGAUUCGGUAUCUUCCUUUCUUCAAACCGUCCUUUGUACCUCAUGCCAAAUGUUGGUUUGUAGCCUUAGUCUUUCAAAUGCAAUAAAUUACGGAAUUUCGUCUUAGGAGGCGAGGUCAGUAUUUGCCCC